CCUAUAGGUUCUCGUAGAAGAAAGAUUUCACCCUCUACCGCAACCAUGCGCCGUCGCAAACCGAAUGCAGAUUUUUCAUUACCGUCUGUGAUGACACAUAAUAUCGUGUCUUUUUCUUUACAGGGAUCAUGCACGUUCUUGAGAAGUAUCGUUCUUGUCGCGUUUUUGCUCCUUUGGCAGCCAGUUGAAGAAAUUUGCGCGGUCAGAACUGCCGCCGCAUCCACUUCCGCGCUGCUUUCGGUGGCAAAGACAAAAUCCGAACGACUUGCCGAUGAGCGACGUGCGCGAACAAGAGUAGCUGUAACACUGGACGACACCAAGGUGAAGCAGCAGCAGCGGCAAAAAGUAGACCAGCAGCAAGAGGAAAAUGAAAGCACCCGAACAAAGCAGACGCCCCGUGGGUUCACCGCCUGCCAAAACUUUCUCCGCAACCGCAAGGCGCAGCUGAUCAGCGGCCCCGAUCUCGUGCGGGUUGUGGAGUCGAUGUGCCAGCCGGCUGUGUAUCGAAAGGAAAAAUCCCCCCUCCCCAUAUCAAAACGGAAUUUCUCAUGCUGGAUUUGUGUACACAAAUCAGCUUUGUAUUGCAGAGAGGCAUUGUGCCCAGAUCCCCAGGCUAGGGAGGGGCGUAUGGGUCUAGUUGUUCAGCAUGGAAAACCCUUUAGUCCCCAGGCUAGGGAGGGGCUUCCCUUUAGUCCCAACAGCAUGAGAAAUCGCUUCCGUAAUAUGCCGGAAGCUUCUACCCUUGUCUUCUUGCAAGACAAAUGCGAUUUGUGACCUCAAAUCAACAACACAAAUUUUCAAUAUGGGGAGGAGGGAUUUUUCCUUACGAUACUGUCACGAACGGGAACAGCUCCUACCGCUACCGGAAGGCCUUAUCAAAUGUAAAAAUGUCUGGGUCUGGAAGAAUCCGAACUUGUGAUGCUACAUUUGGAUUCCAAAAAAAUCUGGCUUGCAUAAGCAGCAAAGGGAAUGCAAUUUUGGCUACGCGGAGAGGGCAUUUGCCAUGCGGAAUAGGCAUCACAGAGCCCUCGAAAAGUCUGUGAUGCUAGGGCAUGCAUCACAGACAUCAUGGCCCAUGCAAAACGUGCAUGACAAGUCUCAGAAUCUUCCAGACCCAGACAUUUUUACAUUUGAUAGGCCUGCAAGGAAAUGCAAGCCGUCACACUGGAAAAGUACGGCCACGAGGUGGAUUGGGACCCGGCCGCCCUGUGCCACGAUCUGAUGACGCGGUUUCAUCAGUACUCGCCCUCGAACGCACAGAACUUCAACAUGGAUGGGUGAACCGCUUGUCUCAGAAGACAAAUUAAACUACUGGAGGGCGUCCACUGAUGCGAUUGUAAAAGUCGUGCAUGGCACUCAAAAAUGAGGCGAUCCCAUAAUUCUUCCUCGGUUUGGAUGUGAAACGAAGGAUCGACGUGAUGUUGGCAAAUGAUCACUACACUCAGACUUGAAACAAGAGUUCAUAAUCAGGAAUAAACAUUUGAUGCCACCAGCUCUUUCUUUUUUCCGCAAAGACAAACAAAUAUAGUAGUUUCCAAACGGCGAAUAGAAGUACGUAGCCAUGGCAUCGAUCUUCAUCAAUCGUGUUGGCUUCAAGUACACCCCUGCAUGAACGGCACCGGGCCGACUUACUUCGAAGACUUCCUGUCACCAACCGUGACAGUGUAAUUAGUGUGGCGCAUAUUUAGUGUUUCAUUCUCAUUUCCUAUCCUCAGUAGCAUUGACGAUCAAGAGGUUGUAUACAUAGGCAC